AUGCUAGGGCAGUUGCUGGAAGGUGCGGCGAGUGCGAAUGCGCGCGACGCUCGGCCGCUGACGUUUCCUGCUACCGCGCUGUGCGCGGUGCGCUAUGUUCCAUACUCCAGUUCAAGGCCUUCUGCUGACCUGAACGCCCUGUGCUUGAGUCUGCGCACAAGUAGCUGGUCAAAUAAUUCAGCAGGGAAGAACUUGGCCAGCCCAGACCUCAACGUCACCGUCGAUAACAAGCCAAAGGAACAUACGACGGACGUGUCAGAUGUUUUACACCUUGUCCUCCGUCGGAAUGUUGCCGUGAUUUGA